AUGCCUCGACACAAUCUUUCUCUUCCCAUUCGCGAAGCGCGGCGUCUCUACUACUUUUCCCAUCUUUUUGUUCUCAAACUCUUUCCUCUGUCAGCUCUUUUUCUCUCUUUUCCGUCGAGUACCCUCCACCCUCUCGACGUUGCCGCAAAAAUCGACGAAUGGCUUCAGUCGUGGCCUCUCGGGGGCCCGGGGAAGGCGCCGCGGCUGGCAACUGGCCCAAAAUGGCCUCUAUCCUUCUAUAGCGAGGAUCAUUCGUCUGUUUGUGUCAUGGUUCAUUCGACCAACAGCCAGGAGCAUCUACGAAUUCAUUGGAUCAAUGACGACAUGCACCACACAUUCUAA